AGUUUUAAGGACUGAAUGUAAACUAAUGAAAGAUAGAGGGGUUAAAUGUUUAAAAACCUUAACUUAUAAAAACCCUAAAAACCUAAAAGACAUAUACGCAGCCGUCAGCAUCUUCUCUCUUCUUCUUCUUCCCCCUUCUUCCUGGUUUCCGGCUGAAAGCAACUCCGUCGCCGGAAGUUGUCGCUUAAAAAAUGGCCCAAAUAUUAAAAAAUGGCCCAAAUAGUCAUCUGAUUGGCUGGAGCGUCGCUUCACAGCUUCAACGCUUCACCGCUUAAAGCUCGCUUCAGCUCGCUUCAUGUAAUGCAGCGCUUCAGAGCCAAAAAAGCGUUUUUCCGAUCGCUUCAUCGCUUCAUCGCCUCAAGCGUGCUUCAAGCGCGCUUUUUUAAACCAAGACAGCUACCAGCUUCCAGCCACCAGCUACCAGCUUACAGCUAGCAGCCACCAGCUACUUUUGCCAAACAUACCCUUUAUAAUGUGAUCAUAUUGUAAGCUUAAUAAGUUCUGGCGUUUUGAUACAAAUGGACGUUUGCUCUCACAUUGGUUUCUCGGUUAAUGAUGUUAACAGCCUUCAUGCGUUUCGUACGGAUACCCUUAAAUCCAGUUAUGGACCCGUGGGUGAUUUUUUAGUGGAUGAACCUGCAUAUGGAGCUACCAAAAUUUUGAAGAUCCAAGUUGAAGAUGAACGGAAUUCGGUUUCCAUACCAUCGCAUGAGGAAGAUGUAAUGCAGACGAAAAACGCGUGUUUAGAAGCUCAACAGAGUGAAAUAAUCACCAAUACUCAUCAGAGUGACGAUGAUAUCGUAACCAGUGAAGUCAUAACACAUGAUGAUGAUGAUAAUGAUGAUGCUAAAUCUAUUAAUACUCAUUGCUCAAGAGGUCAAUCUCUACCAGAACAUUUAAAGCCUGUAUCUGCCAUGAAAGGCAGCCGUGAGAAACGUGGAUUGAGCCCACCGAAGCAGCUGACCGUGAAGUGGGCCCCAGAUGUGUAUGAUCCGCUCCCAAUGCCAUCAUUACAUAUAGUAAUCAACAGGCCACAUAGACAUGGUAAAAAGAAGUCGAAGAGCAAGCAGAGAAACAGGAGUAAAUCACGAGGAAGUAAAAGUAAAGACAAACAACAAGAUGGUAAAGACACGUUGUGUGAACACACAGAGGAAGUUUCCCAUGUUUCCGAGAUCCAACAGCCAAGUGAUAUCGACUUCCUUCCAGGAUUUACUGGCGUUUUCUCUGAGGGUAGUUUUGUCAAUUCACAUGGCUCGGUCUUGCACCUCUCAUCGGUCACAGAGACCACCUAGCCAUCUACAAUCAUAAUCGGUUUGUUUGUAUUUCAUAAGAUCCUUAAACAAUGAUAUUAUAUCAUAGCAUUGUAUUUAGUAAGUGGCGAAAUAGUUUAUUCAGAACAACGUAUUUCGUUUAUUAUAAUCAUACGCGCUCGAAACAGCUUUUUGUUGUA